UGUUGAGGUUGAAAAGCUAUAAAAAUACACAAAGACCACUUACGCGAUUUACGAGGCCCAUCUUUUGUCACGGCAUUUACUCUACAAAACCCUCUUCUCCUCCGGCUGAUGAGACCAAAAAUGUCGGAAGAAUGGAUAAAAGACGGCAUGCAAGUGGAGGUAACGAGCAACGAUGAUGGGUUCAGAGGUGCAUGGUAUGUUGCCAAGAUCAUCCAAGCUCCAAUGGAAAAGUAUGUGGAGGUUGAGUAUAAUGAGUUGAUUAGUGAAGAUGACGACUCAAAGAAGUUGAGUGAGAGAGUGCAUGUCUCGUUCGUGAGGCCCUUGCCCCCUGUGGGGAAAGGCUACAAUGAGGUGUUUGAGGUGAACGACGCGGUGGAUGCGUUUUAUAAUGAUGGGUGGUGGAGUGGAGUGGUGGAUCAAGUGGUGGAGAAUGCGAAGAAGAUUAUGGUUCGUUUUGAUGAUCCUGGUGAGACGAUGGCGUUCAAGAGAUCGGAGGUUAGGCUUCGGUUUGAUUGGAUUGAUGGCAAUUGGGAGAAGCCAGUGAAGAAGCAGGAUUCUGGUAGACAUUACAUGCUCUCCAAUCAGUCUGGAAAGUCCAGAAGACAGAAGCGAAGAGCUAAUAGACAACAGCCUGGAAAAGGUUGUGCUUCCACGGAGAAGAAGGAUAAUACGGACGAUGGAACUGCCCAGAAAAAAUGUACUGCAGAAGAAGUUGAUAUGUCCGUCAAAGAAUCGGAAGAUGCAGUGCAUACCAAGAGUUGUGAGACCCCUCCGAAGAAAGACCAAAAGAACCAAAGAAGGGAUUUGAAAAGGCAUACUGUUGACAGCACUCAUGUCUCAACUAAUAUAGACAACGGUUUGAAGAGAAAAAGGGGAAGACCGAAAUCGUUGUUCAAGGAUAAGAUAGGUGAAGGAAGCAGAAUAGCUAAAGAGUCUGCACCGAAAAAGGUUAAGAGAGAUUCAUGUGUAGUGGAUGAAGCUGAAUUAAUUGCAAAAAAGGACUCUCUAAUGCUUACAACCGUUGAUAAACCCAAUGAAGAUCAUUUUCAACCAUUAAGUAAUAAACCCAAUGCUAAUGAGAAACAUACAAGUGGUGACUCGAGGCACAAUGUCUUGUGCAGCGAAACUGCAAUCAUCCCUCUUCUUAAGGACCAGGAGGAUGAAACUGUUCUAGUUAAAGGACUUGAACAGGGUAAGAAUUCUCUGCCAAGAGAGCACAAUGAGAUGAGCAAAAUUGUGGACAGUGGAUCUCAAUAUCAGGAAUGUGACAAUGCAUCAAGAGGAGAUUCUUCUUUACCUGAAGUUUAUAAUUCAAAGGAAGCUGAUAUGCUGAUUGAUGGAAUUUCUGCUGAACUAAAUGAAGAUCAAGUUAGCAACUCUAGAGUCCAGCAAGCCAAACUAUCUCCAGCAGAUUCAGACAAUUUAAGAUCUUUGCCCGUCCAACGCCAAUGUGCAAAUGCAAAUAGCAUGGAAGAUGACUUUCGAACUCCAAUUGCCAAAAAGGAUGGGAUGGAGCCAAGUCCACCUCAGAAAACAGAUGGGUCAAGGGACUUGCCUGUUAAAACUCUUAGCCAUGCUGAUUCUACUGACAAUGGUGGUGAAAUUAGAACAAUUUCUGUAUGCGCUGAAAAUGAAGAGAAUAGUCAGAGCUUACCAUUCCCUAAGUGUUCUCCACUGUGGAAAUAUAUAGAAAGUAUGGAAAUAUUUAAGAAGACAACAAAGAAGCCACACUUCUCUCCUCUGGUGAAAUGCGAAGAAGAAAUCCGUGAGGGAUUGGCUAUUGGUCAUGUGGUAAAUUUUUCCAAUCUAGUGGAGAACAUGUCAAAGAUACAAUUCCGUCAUCCUAUUACCGUCAUUGAGCGUAAGCUGGGAAUCCUCGCUGACCUAAAAGCUCACGGGUUUGAUGUGGAGACAGUUGAAGCACGUUUGGCACAGUUAUUGUCAAAGAAACAGAGGGAAGGGGAGCUUCAAAAGGAAUACCAAGAUAUAGAGCAGAAGAUAUUAAAUAGUGCAGAGGAGAUGUCAAAAGCUGAUGAAGAAAUAGCCAAACUGAAAAAGGAAAUCAGAGAGCUUCAAGCGAAGCUUGAUGACACUAUAUCAAGGAAGGAGAUAAAAGAGAACGUGAUCCCGACAUUGCAAUCAAAACGAAAUGUGGUGCGCGAGAAUCUUGGAAGGCUCCAGACUGAUUUUGAAAAUAUACUUGGCGCUCCAUUGUAGAUAGUUGCUGGUAGUGUAAGUAACUUUGGAUAGCUGUCAGUUGUCUCACUUUUGAAGCACAGAAACUAAUAACUAAACAUCUGUGUAAGUUGCAGUACUUUUGUUUUGUCAAGUAGAUGCGUAACAUCUCAUAAUGGGCUAGUAUUGUUUGUUAAUUCA